AUGUAAACAAAGUUUUUCGUCACAUUCCUUCGUUGUAACCGGACAUUUGAGGUUGUUGAUUGUUGCUAAAAUUAUACAAAGAAAAUAAAUCUGCACAGAAAUGCCACCACGCAAGCGUAAUUUAAAGGUAGCGAUGAAUUCAAAAGAUGAGGACAAAAUGACCACACAAGAUAAGGAAAAUGAGGAAAACCCUGCAAAGAGACGUAGUACAAGGAGCACACGAAAUACACGUUCCAUGGCUGAAGAGGGAGCCACGGCAUCGCCGGAAAAAGAAGAAAAGAAACAAUUACCAUUUGUUAAGUACAAAGGAGCUAUUAAAUAUUUCACAGAUGGUAACGAAAUUGCCGAAGCCUCUGAUGGUUUAAUACAAUUUGUUGAAAAACAACCUGGAGAUGGCCUGGUACCCAUCGCAUUUGACAUGGAAUGGCCGUUUUCAUUUAAAACUGGUCCAGGCAAAUCCGCGGUUAUACAAAUCUGCGCCGAAGAAAAGUGUUGUUAUAUAUUUCAACUGACGAAUCUCAAGAAGUUGCCUGCAGCUCUUGUUGCCUUGCUUAAACACAAGCGGGUACGUUUGCAUGGUGUUAAUGUUAAAAAUGAUUUCCGUAAGUUGGGUAGGGACUUCCCAGAAAUUAAUUCAGAUGAUUUAAUUGUGAAUGGCUUGGAUCUGGGGGUUUGGUGCAAUGAAGUAUGUGAAACUGGCGGACGCUGGAGUUUAGAUCGCUUAGCAAGUUAUGUGGUUGGAAAGGCUAUAGAUAAAAACAAAAAAGUACGAAUGAGCAAAUGGCAUGUUAUUCCAUUGGAUGAGGAUCAAUUGAUGUACGCUGCCAUAGACGUUUAUAUUGGUCAAUUAAUUUAUCGAGAGCUUGAAAGGCGAGCAAAACUUAAAGAGGAAAACGAAGCGAAAUUUAUUGAGAAAAAUGGCGAAGCUGCAUUUAAAGCUGUCAAGGCAUUGGGUGAAAGUUUCCUUAAUGAAAAAGCUGAAGAGGUUGCAAUUUAAUUCCCCAAAGUUAUAUCAAAUGCUGACUGAUUUUUACUGUUAAUUAAGUUAAGCGCAAUAUAUUAUUUAUCGUAUUCAAUUGUUUUUAAUUUUGAUAAAAAAAUGUUAAUAUCCAAAAACUAUCAAGUUUUGAGAAGCAUCUAUUAUGGUAUCUAAUUGUUUAUAUUUGAGAAAAAUCUAAAUAAGAAAUCAUCAAGUUUUGACAAAAAUAAAAUAUUUAUUAUUUUUGAAUAUA